CUUCAAAACUAGAUUGAUUAAAAAUUUGUUAAAUAAAUGUAAAACGUAUAUAAUUUACAAUUUGGGGAUAUAGAAUGUCAACUGGUAAAAGGAAACGGCUUCUGCAAAGCAAGACCAAAUAUACUAAAAGACGCAAAUCGCGCAAACAUACGUGCCGCACGCGUUUGCUCUUACGACGCUACAACUACAACCACAUUUUGCGCGCCAAUUUGAGGGGCAUCCGAAAGACAAGCAGCAAAAUGGCACAAAUUCAGGAAUAUCAGGAUCUGGUGCUAGACGCGCUUGAUACGGUUGAGUUCAAGCUGAUACGCGACAAGGCGGACAUUAACAAUGAUGCCUUAAUAUUUCACCCCGCCAUGGCACAUCAGAUAUUUGGUGAGUCGGAGACCAUAUUUGGGUAUGAGGGCUUGCACGUGCGCGUUCUGUAUACGGCUGGUCCGUUGCAUAUCUAUUUGGGCAUCGAGUAUGAGAAACGAGUCAAUGAAAUAUCUGGCGGGGAAAUCAAGGCCGACGACGUGGUGGCCACAAUUGCUCAAAGUCUGCCAGACGGCUGCUAUUUCAUUAAUCUGGAUGAGUUUCUCAAGACGCUAGACAAGGCCGACAAGUUUCAACCAUUUGGAGAGAAACUCAGUGAAUACAUCCAGCGCGCCAAUGAUGGCAGUGUUCGACUCUUCGAGAUCUACCAAUGCGACUACAAAUCUUCCUCAUUUCUAAAGUUCUUUACGCGUCUGCAAACUUUUAUAUUGUGGUUUGUUGACGCUGCCUCCUACAUAGACACCGAUGAUGCUCAGUGGUGUUAUUUUAUCUGCUAUGAGAAAUAUAAGAAUAAGGAUGGUGAGUACCAGUAUGCAACUGCUGGCUACACCACUGUCUAUGAGUAUUAUGCAUAUCCGCAAAAUAAGCGUCCUCGAAUUAGCCAAAUGCUCAUUCUGCCGCCUUUCCAGAAGAUGGGUCUGGCCACACAGCUAGUAGAAACCAUAUACAAGUUCUAUCAGAGCCAGAAAAAUGUGGUAGACAUAACGGUUGAGGAUCCAUCAGAGGAUUUUCAGCGAUUGCGCAAUUUUGUGGACGCACGCCUGUGUCUAACGCUUAAAUGUUUUGCCCGCGAUAUAAUCAAGAAAGGUUUCAAUAAGGAAAUGGUGAGAGAGGCACGUGAGGCCUUAAAAUUGAAUCCACGCCAGGUGCGUAAGGUCUAUGAAUUGUUGCGCCUGUACUAUACCAACAUACAUGAUGAAAAGGAAUAUAAAGCCUAUCGGCUAGAAGUUAAGAAACGCCUUAAUGCCGUUUACUACAAACAACUGAAAGAUCUUCAAAAGAUGGAACGCUAUAAAAUGGAUACGGAAAUGUUGCGCGCACGUUUGCCCAAUGUAAAACAGCGCAUGGAACAGCUGCAGGAGGAGUAUGUUGUCAUUGAACAGGAUUACAAAAAUACAAUUGAUAAACUACGGGCCUAGACUUAUGAGAUAUACAUAAAUAAAAAGAAUGCCGUUGGGUGUUUGAUUAAUUUAUUACGUUUUUCCGUUCUAAAUAUGUUGAUUACAAAAUACAAUUUGUUGCUAUAAGCCUAUAGUAGGAUUCUUUC